GCAGUUUUAUUUAGAGGUGGUGAAGUGUUGAAAAUACUUCUUGAAAGAAGUGUUUAAGUGAAAAGUAAAGAAAACUUAAAGAAAUGAAGUUGAAAAGUGAAAUAAUUCCAUUUGAGGGAAUUUUGGAUGUUGAUAAUAUCUUCAGAAAGGAGCUCUAUGAGACGGAAGACAAUGCAGAUCAUGAUGAAGCUCUCUUCAUUUGCAACCUUACCGAUGUGAUGAAGAAGUUUUUAAAUUGGCGCAUGAAGAUACCACGCGUGAAGCCUUUUUAUGCUGUUAAAUGCAACGACGAUGAUCACAUUAUUCGGCUGUUGGCACGACUUGGAGCGAGCUUUGAUUGUGCCUCAAAAGCUGAGAUCAGAGCAGUCCUCAAGCACAACGUCACACCCGAUAGGAUCAUCUUUGCGAAUCCUGCAAAGCCCACGAGUCACAUUCGCUAUGCUGCAACCACAGGAGUGAGCCUCAUGACCUUUGACUCAACAACAGAGCUCGAUCGCAUUCAAAGGAUCUUUCCAGCUGCUCAGCUAGUUCUGCGCUUUAGGUAUGACUCAGAGAAGGUUUUUAGAACACUUAGUGCUAAGUUUGGGUGUGAUCCUAACAAGGAAGCUCCUCAUUUGUUUAAGCAUGCUAAAAAGUUAGGCUUGUCCGUUGUUGGAGUUUGCUUUCAUGUAGGGACACAAUGCAGAGAUCCUGAUGCCUAUGGGAAAGCAAUUUCCGUUGCUCGUGAGCUCUUUGACUAUGCCUUUGAACUUGGCUAUCAUUUGAGACUUCUUGAUAUUGGAGGAGGCUUCCCAGGUGACACAGAAACAGACCUUGGACAGUAUGCAAAAACUAUAAAUACAGCUCUUGAGGAAUUUUUCCCUAAAACUGAUGCAUUAUUCGGUUCUGUUGAGGUCAUUUCUGAACCAGGAACGUACUUUGUGGAGUCAGCCUGUUCCAUUGGGACGACAAUUGUAUCAAAGAAUGAAAUUCUUGAUUUAGAGAGGAAGAAAGUGGAGCAUAUUAAGUACUACGUCAAUGAUGGCAUUCAUGGAUGUUUUCUUCUCGUUGUUUUUGGAUAUGAUUCCUACACGCCGAGGCUUUUGACACGUUCUACGGAGAAUGGGGAGGGCUCUAAAGCUUUCAUUGAUUGCUCAAUUUGGGGACAAUCCCUCAAUGGUUGUGACAAGAUCUGCGCCAAUGUUUCAUUGCCAAAUCUCGAUGCUGGAGAUGUUCUUAUUUUCCCAAAUAUGGGACAUUAUAGUCACGUAUUUGCAACAACCUUCAACGGAUUCCCCAAAGCGAGAGUUCUCCACUUUGCUGAUGAAGAAACAUUGAAGAUUCUUAGGGAUUCUUAACAUCAACUUAGCCAAUUUUUGUAUAAAAGAAAUUAUAAAUAAAUAAUUUUUUUAGAUGUGGUUUUAUUGUUAUCAAUUCGAAAAAUUGCCUUCAAGUGCAACUGAUGCAGAGUUUUCCGGAAGAAGAUUUUUUAAAAUAAAAACACGCCUGUUUGAUUGACAGAAUCUAAAGAUUGAUAUACUUUCAGUUGUAAUAAUGGCUCUUACCAAUGUGAACAUCACGAAAGCCCCUUUCUACUUUUUAUCAAAAGUCAAACAAUAUGGUCAGUCUUUUCAUGGAAUGUUAGUACAAGAAAAACCAUAAUUUUAUUCUUUUUUAUUCAUGUUCCUUUUGAUGCUCAUACUCUGUUAAAGGAUACUUUUAAGUGUGGUAACAAAAUCAGAUGUAAAGAACAGAACAGGAUAGUAAGUAUUAGUCUAAUUUAAAUUGUUGGAACAAAGUUUUUUGAAGCUUUACUAGAGAAUCAAAUGUUGUUAAAGGAAACAAAGCUACGGCUGUUUUCUUUGAUGUUACAGAAGCAGACCUACACUUUUACACAAAGCCUGCUCUUUCUUGACAAGUUUUUUUGAAGCUGUAUUCUGAAAU